GUACCUAAAGUAUGGUAUGUGUACAGAUGCGAAUUGGGCAUGAUAGAAAUCCUGGGAGUCCGGAUACGGCUCACUACAAAACGCCGGUGGAAGCCGAGCCAAGACGCUUGGCGGGGCUUUGUGCGAUCCGUAGCUCCCGCAUGCCCCCCCUGUGAGUUGAGCUCCCGUCUGACGAUAGGCUCCGCGCUUCCUCUCCUGUGUAAUGCAAACCUUUAGCAUUGUCUCGAGAAUCUUUCGGGUGGCCCGAACUUCCACCUCAUUCCAGCGACGAGCCCUAAGCAGCCCGCGGACCAUGGACUACGACACGAUUUUGCAGGGCAAGUACCCUGCCAAACGGCACGCCAAGCGCGUCGUCGACUACAUCCGCUCCAAAAUCCCCGAUGCGACCGGCGUGCUCUACCUCGAGAGCCGCAUGACCAAGUUGCUAGAGGACAAUGACGAGCCAGAGCCCUUCCGCCAGCGCCGCUUCUUUUACUACCUCACCGGCUGCCCGCUCGCCGACUCGUAUGUGAUCCACGACAUGGACUCGUCCAAGACGACCCUCUUCAUCCCGCCUGUUAACCCCGAGAGCGUUAUCUGGUCCGGCCUGCCUGUGUCCGCCGAGGAAGCCUUGCAAAAGUACGACGUCGACGAAGUCAAGUACACAACCGACGUCAAUGCCGAACUAGCACACAUCGGUGGGCAGCGAAGGAGGUCGACCGUCUUCGCCAUUCCCCACCAGGUGUCGGAGCACGUCACCUUCCUCAGCUUCGACGACAAGAACUUUUCCAUCCUCAAGGAGGCCAUCGAGGUCUGCCGCGUCGUCAAGGACGAGUACGAGCUCGCCAUGAUCGCAAAGGCCAACGUCAUCAGCAGCAAGGCCCACCUUGCCGUUAUGGAGAAGGUCAAGCACGCCAAGAACGAGCGCGAGCUCGAGGCCGUGUUUCUCUCGUCGUGCAUCUCUGCCGGCGCGCGGAACCAGGCAUACCACGGUAUCUUUGCUGGCGGGAGGGCGGCCGCCACGCUGCACUAUGUGCACAACAAUGCGCCGCUUGCGGGCAAGCUGAACCUGCUGCUGGAUGCCGGCGCCGAAUGGAAUUGCUACGCCUCGGAUAUCACCCGGACAUUCCCCAUCAAUGGCAAGUUCACCAAGGAGAGCAGGGCCAUCUACGACAUUGUCCUCAAGAUGCAGCUCGAGUGCAUCGCCGCGCUCAAGGAAGAUGUCCUGUGGGACGACAUGCAUCUGCUGGCGCACAAGGUUGCUAUCGACGGCCUGUUGGAGUUGGGGGUUCUCAGGGGCGACAAGGACGAGAUCUUGGCGAACCGGACGAGCGUCGCCUUCUUCCCGCACGGGUUGGGGCAUUACCUCGGCAUGGAUACGCACGAUACCGGCGGCAAUCCCAACUAUGCCGACAAGGACACCAUGUUCCGGUACCUGCGCGUCAGGGGGAGGGUGCCUGCAGGGAGUGUCGUGACGGUGGAGCCUGGGAUCUACUUCUGCAGCUUCAUCAUUGAGCCAUUCCUCAAAGACCCGAAGCAUGCGAAGCACAUUGACGCGGAGGUGCUGGAGAAGUAUUGGGACGUUGGAGGUGUUCGGAUCGAGGACAAUGUGGUCAUCACCAAGGUUGGCGCCGAGAACCUAACCCCAGCUCUCAAGGAUCCCGACGAAAUAGAACGGAUCAUUUCGAGCAGUUGAGUCGGCUCUCCAUUUGUAGAUCUCUUCCAGAGGGCGCCCAUUGUUCAUCGCCGGAUGCGAGAAACCAAUAUUCAUGAGCAGGUCCUGCCAGAUAUCCAAAAGAGCCAUGCCGCAAUCCAAGUCUAUGAACAAAUCAUCUUAAGCCACUGCCUCAAGUCGCGAUCCAGUUUUUUGCCUGUGAGUAUUUCAGACUCACAAGCGCAGUCGAGUGGUAACUAUCAUUUUAACAUGGUUCAUCUCACAUCUCACGUUGUGUCACCUUUAAAAGGAGCCAAGUAUGACCCAAGGGGCCAAGAACCAUCGAGCAUUGCCCAUAAUCGAAGCAUCAAUCUAGGUCAAAUACUGUGGUCGAGCA